AUGGACGACCAUGAUUCCAUAGCCAGCACUCCUUCGAGGGUAAGUCUUGAGGACGACGACCAUUCGGGCGACCGCCCGCUAUUGGCCAACGGAGGAGCUGCCGAAGAGAGUGUCCAGGUGCGAGACUUCUCCCAUCAUGGAAGCGCAAGACAAUUGCCCUUGCGCCACGAGGGGCAUAGCGGUAGAGAGGGAGAAGAGAAUCGAGGGCUUGAACAAGCUGCCUCGAAUCAUUCCCAUCUUCAGCACAAUUUGACCGUGCGACAAGCCCUCAGAGCUUACCCGAUGGCCGUGUUCUGGUCCCUCGCGGUCAGCACCUGCGUCAUCAUGGAGGGCUUUGACAGCGUUCUGGUGCCCAACUUCUAUGCCUAUCCUACCUUUCAACGAAAAUAUGGCGAAUUCGUUGGAGUUACCGAGCAGACGAAGUCUGGGUAUCAGCUCAGCGCGGCUUGGAUGGCUGCGAUUGGAACGGCCUCGGGCGUUGGCGCUGUCUUGGGCACGAUUUUGAACGGCUAUCUUGUCGACCGACUGGGCCAGAAACGAGUGUUGAUUGGCGCCCUGUGCCUCCUCUCUUGUCUCAUCUUCAUGACUUUCUUCGCCCCUAACAUAGUGGUCCUGAUGAUCGGACAAUUCUUAUGUGGUUUUCCAUGGGGGAUCUUUGCCACGCUCGCGCCAUCUUACUCCAGCGAGGUGCUCCCCAUGGCUCUCCGGGCCUACCUUUCGAGUUUCACCAAUAUGAGUUUCAUCAUCGGACAAAUUAUAUGUGCAAUCGUGUUGAGAAUCUUUCUAGAAAGGGACGAUGAAUGGGGAUUUCGCAUACCCUUUGGAUUUCAAUGGAUCUGGCCGGCGUUCCUCAUUCCUCUAUUGUCGUUUGCGCCAGAGUCACCCUGGUACCUCGUCCGAAAGGGGCGUCUCGAGGAGGCCGAGAAAUCAAUCCGACGCCUUCAGUCGCGCACAGCAAAGAUUGACCCCAAAGACACGCUCGCGGAUAUCGUCCACACAAAUAAUCUGGAACAAUCGUUGCAAAUAGGCACGUCCUAUGCCGACUGCUUCCGUGGAUUCGAACUCCGACGCACCGAAAUUGCGUGUAUGGUCUUCGCGGGCCAAAACUUCUCCGGGCUCUCAUUCGGAUAUAAUGCGACAUAUUUCUACGAGCAGGUCGGCCUCAGUGCAGAAACCACUUAUACGCUGAGUCUCUUCGGGACCGGGUUGGCACUGGUCGCGACUUUGGCGAACUGGUUCCUCGUCAUGCCCUACUUCGGCCGUCGCAGAAUUUACACCACGUCGAUGCUGGUCAUGUCUCUCAUUCUCUACAUCAUUGGCGUCUUAAAUGUCUGGACCUCCCACGUUUUCGUCGCCUUUACGCAGGCUUUGCUUACCCUCGUCUGGACUAUAGUCUUUCAACUUUCAGUGGGACAAUUAGGCUGGUCCAUUCCCGGAGAAGUUUCCUCUACUCGACUUCGGAUUAAGACCAUAUGUCUUGCGCGCAACGCUUAUUAUCUUGUCGGCUUCGUAGGAGGGGCGGUCCAGCCGUACAUGCUGAACCCACAGGCAUUGAACUGGAGUGGUUAUACCGGGUUAUUUUGGGGCACAACAGCCAUUCUUACGUGGGUGUGGGCGUGGUACAGGUUGCCGGAGACGAAGGACAGGACGUAUGAAGAGCUUGACAUCUUGUUCGCAAAGAGAGUCAACACGCGGGACUUUGAAUCGACCAAUGUCCACGCUUUGGACGAGAACGAGAUGCAGCAGUUUUCGAGGAAAGCGGGAGCUAAUACGCCGGCCCGUGCAGCAAGUCCAGGGUGGGAUAUUGUGGAUGAAAGCGAGCGACUGACCAACCUUGACCAGGCCGGAGCAAGCGGCAGGGUUGCCAGAAAUUCUGGAGAAGUGGGCGAUGAUGAAGAGAGGCUACUACCAAGAGUCGAGCCUGGAGAAGAUUUCGGGGGGAAGGACUAA